UACUAGUCAGAUUCGAUUCCGCUGAGGCAUGCAGGAACUCCUCAUUUUCUUUAUUCUUAACUGAUGCUCCAAGAUUUCCUCUUUUAUCAUUUCCUUUCUCUUUGAGGAACUUCCUUCCUUUCUUCCUUUAACUUCCUUCCUUCCUUAAUUCUUUAAGAGUAGAUCUUCUAGCUAUGCAUUCUUUUGGUUUUCUGUAGUCUGAGAAUGUCUUUCCCCCUCCAAUCUUAAAGUAUAGUUUGCCCAGAUAUAGAAUUCAUGGUUGACAGUUCUUUUCUUUCUGCUUGAAAAUGUUGUGCUACUUCCUUCUGGCUUCCAUGGUUUCAAAUGAGAAAUCUGUUGUCGUUUGAAUUAGUGUUUUCUUAUAGACAGUGUGUUGUUUUUCCCUGUUUUCAAGGGUUUUUCUUUGUCUUUAAUGAUCAGAAUCUUAGUUAUCAUUUGUCUUGUCACAGAUUUCCUUGAGUUUAUUUAUUUGAGAAUUUCCCAGUUUCUUGAAUCUGUAGGUUUGUGUCUUUUACCAGGUCUGGACAUUCUCACCCAUUAUCUUUUUGAAUAGUCUUUCAGCCCAUCUCUUUUUAUUCUCCCUCUGGGAGUCUGAUAAUAUGAACAUUGGAUCUUUUGUUAUCGUUCAUUCGUUUUCAAUCUAUCUUCUCUCUUUUGUUCAUAUUAAGUUCUGUUGACCUGUCUUCAAGUUCAUUGAUUUUGUCUUCUGUCAUCUCUAUUAUAAAGUCCAUCUAGCAGUUUUUGUUUCUAUCAGUGUAUCUUUCAGUUUUAUAAUUUUUAUUUGGUUCUUUUUUUUAACAUCUAUUUCUUUGAUGAGAUUUUCUAUUCUUUUGUUUGUUUCAAGAGAAUUCGUAAUUGCAUGUUGCAGCAUUUUUGUGAUGGCUGCUUGAAAAUCCUUUGUAAGUUGAUUCCAACAUCAGUUUCAUCUUGGUGUUGGUGUCAGUUAAUUGUCUUUUCUCACUCAAGUUUGAUUUUCCUGGUUGUUGGUAAAAAAGGAAUUUCUAUUCUGUCAUGGACAUUUUGUCUGUUUUGUUAGAAGACCUGUUUGAAUCUUUUUUUUUUUUUUUUUUUUACUAGGAAGUCACUCUCUUUAGGUUUAGAACACAGUUCAGGAUCUACUUUUGUGGGCUCUGGUUCCAAUGACAAUUUUCUUUUCAGAACCUUUGCUGUUACUGUUUGGUGUUCUUGGUUUAUCUGGUGCAGCCUGGGGCUCCCCCUGGACCCUGCUGGUACAGUCAGGUUUCUCCAGGCCAUGCUGCCUAGUGCUACCAGGUGGGAGAAGGGAGUCUGCUGGGAUAAAGAGUACUUCCUGGGGGCCCUGCAGAGAGGGAGAACAUUUUCCCAGAUUGCUUUAUUAUCAGUGGAUUCCUUAUCUAAUUCUCCUUGUUGGUGCUGUCAGCUGGCCAGCUGUUGUCAGCAGAACUCCUGUUGUGUCAUAGGGAAGGAUGAGCUUACCUAAGUUGCCUUCUGUUGCCAGGCUGGGGCUUGGAAAACACUGGGCUUGGGCCACCUUCUUGAAUGGGAAGUCAUAAGAUGCCCUGCUGCUGUGUUGCUUUUCCAGUCCUAGGUUCCCCAACCUGUUCACCUUCUUUUUCCCACCUUUCCGAUUUCUCCUUUGGCUGCCUUCGUGUUAUUUCCAGGGGUUAUAGUUGUACUUCACAAAAAGCUGGGGGAGAAAUGGUUUAUGGCAUCUUGUCCAGGACCUUGACAGUAUUCUUUUUAAACAUUUGUCUUUUGGAUGAUUAGGUCAUUUUACAUGCUGGGUAUAGACAUGACCAAGAAGGCUGGGGGCGGGGGGCACUUCCAACAGCCUUGAAAUCUGAAAGAUUUCCUUAUUCCGCAACCCAUGGGUCUGGGCCUGGUUGGUCGCCCAGUACAGGCGGUUAUUCAUCUGUCUUCCGCUUGCUUGGCUGUGAUGUCAGCUCUUCGUGUCUACUUUAAAAGGCAGGCAUUUCUUGUUGUUGUUAUGCUCAUUGAAUAAUGCAGUAGUUUGUCACACUUCUAGCAUGAUUAAAACAGAUAAACUAUGGCCUUUGUAGAGGGUUUUUCUCAGCCUCUCCUUUUGGUUUAUUUAGUUUCUCUUUUGACAAAGAUUUUGUAUUAAAUUCAGCCAUUCAGAUUGUAUUUGUGAUUUAACUAUGAGAUGUGAAUAUUUAUAUUUCAUGGUUGUAAAACAGUGGCCAAGUUUUUUCAUAAAUUAGUGGGAAAAAGUUUCUGACAUUUUUCUACUUGCAAAUGAGGAAUUUGAGGUCAUCUCAGUUCUUCCACAGUAAAUGUGUCUUAAAAAAAAAAAUCAGAGUGGGAAAUCCUUUGUAUUGGAAGCCAUGGGUCCCUUUGUAUAGUUUACAAUAAUAGUUUUGAACAAAUAAUUUCAGGUUAAAAUUGCAUACUAUUUAUUCCCACCCAUUUCCUUUAUUGGCUGUGACACACAGGAAUUACGCCCAUUGCUUGACUAACCUUUCUGACCUUUUGUUACUUGGCUAUAAAUUGACUUGGGUCUUUUGCAAAAACACUGUCAGGGGGGAAAAAUCUUUUUGUUAGAACCCAGCCAAUUCCUGCUUCAGUGCAGAACAGUUUGUUCUCCUGAAGAAAUGAGCCAGUUCAGUGAACAGAAAAACAUAGCCAUGAACUGGCAUCGCCGAAACCUGCAAACACGAUUGCCCACGAUCAUUCCACAGAGCAAGGGAACUUUAUAAAAGAAUGAGGCUGUGGGGAGAAAAAUAUAGUUUGGAGUUCCGUGGGCUUUAGGUAAAUGUACUUGACUUGUUAGAGUUGUAACCACAUAAAAAGGGAUCCUUUUUCUGAGCUCUGGCAGCCACCACCAUUUUACCAUUUUAAAUGAGAAUGUUGUCGAAUUCUCGCUCUGCCUGCUCUCAUGGUCUCAGGCUGCUCUGGUAGCUCACAGCCCCUGUGUUUUCGGGGGCUCUUCCCACCAGGUUGGAAGCUUCUUCUGUCUAACAUUAUAAACAUUUCCUGAGUGACUGCUCUGUGCAAGACCGAGUCCUGGGUUCACCCCCAGGGAAGACAUUUAUAGUGGUCUAGUGAAUUACAAGAAAACAUGAAAAACAAUUCCAGUGUGGCAGGUGCAGUUACAGGAAAAGACACAAGACUCUGAGUACUUGACAGACUGUCACAGAAGUGGGGCCUUUUGAGUGAAGUUUGAAGACUGCCUAGGAGUUAGCCAAGUAGAUGAGAGGAGCAGGGAAUUCUGGGCAGAGAGGAGUGGGUAGAGGUGAGGAGUGAUGGGACAGCAUAGGGGUUCCGGGUACUGUACGUAGAAUUGCCCGGCUAUAAAGUGUGAGGAGAGAAAGGAGUGGUGGCCAGUGAAACUGGAGACGGACAGGGACUGGAUAACGUGUCUCAGAUGCCAUGUGUAGCAGUUCGGAGUUUGUACACUAGGCCGUGGGGGCACUGUAAGGGCUUUGAAGCCUGGAGCUGGCCUGGGCAGAGUUGGAGGGGGAAGACUCAGGUUGCAAGGAACCAUGAGCUCGGGAAGGGUGAGUUGGGCCAGACUAAGAGAGGACCAUGACACCAGGCUCCAGUGGACAGACUUUCUCCUGCAGGGGAUCACUGAGGACAGUGAUGUACCUGUCUAAAGGUUUGACAGGAAAAACUUGCUUUCUGCAAACAACUGAAAACACCGCCCUUGGAAGUUGUUUCUUUGGUCCUCAUGGAGCAGCUGGAACCUGUGCUGUGAGGCCUCCAACGGGACGAGCUGUCGCCCACUGACCACUUAGCGCCACUGUCACCAUGGCCAGCAAGAGGAAGUCCACAACCCCGUGCAUGAUCCCUGUGAAGACUGUGGUGCUGCAGGAUGCCAGCACCGAGGCUCCACCCGCAGAGGCUGUGCCCGAGGGGCCCCCGCAGGAGCCGGCCCCAGAAGCACCAGCCACUGGCAGCGAGGCCGCCCAGGGUGCCAGUAGUCCUGAUGGCGCCACGCUGGCCAAUGGGCACCGGAGCGCCUUGGAUGGCUACUCGUUUGCCUGUAAAUACUGUGACUUCAGAUCCCAGGACAUAACCCAGUUUGUGGGACAUCUGAACUCAGAGCACACAGACUUUAACAAAGACCCAACUUUUGUAUGCACCGAAUGCAGUUUUCUGGCAAAAACCCCCGAAGGGCUUUCUCUGCACAAUGCCAAGUGCCACUCGGGGGAAGCCAGCUUUGUGUGGAAUGUGGCCAAGCCAGACAAUCAUGCAAUCGUGGAGCAGAGCCUCCCUGAGAACAGCAGCCCUCCCGACCCCCUGGGGGAGCCCAGCGUGGAAGGGACCGAUGGACAGGCUGAAAUCAUCAUCACCAAAACUCCAAUCAUGAAGAUAAUGAAAGGCAAAGCUGAAGCCAAAAAAAUUCACACGCUCAAGGAGAACGUCCCCAGUCAGCCCACCGGGGAGGCCUCAUCAAACCCUUCUGCUGGGGACACGGAGGUGAAAGAGGGGGACCAAGCCUUUGUCAACGGGGCGGCCCCCGUCAGCCAGGCCUCUACCAACUCUGCAAAACCCCCCCACGUGGCCAACGGGCCCCUGCUGGGGACAGUGCCAGUGCUGCCCGCGGGCAUCGCCCAGUUUCUCUCCCUCCAGCAGCCAGCCCCGCACACCCAGCACCAUGCCCACCAGCCCCUGCCCACGGCCAAGUCCCUGCCCAAGGUGAUGAUCCCCCUGAGCAGCAUCCCCACGUACAACGCGGCCAUGGACUCCAACAGCUUCCUGAAGAACUCUUUCCACAAGUUCCCCUACCCAACCAAAGCCGAGCUCUGCUACCUGACUGUGGUCACCAAGUACCCGGAAGAGCAGCUCAAGAUCUGGUUCACCGCCCAGAGGCUGAAGCAGGGGAUCAGCUGGUCCCCGGAGGAGAUUGAGGACGCCCGGAAGAAGAUGUUCAACACGGUCAUCCAGUCUGUCCCUCAGCCCACGAUCACCGUCCUCAACACCCCGCUGGUCGCCAGUGCCGGCAACGUCCAACAUCUCAUCCAGGCCGCUCUGCCGGGCCACGUGGUGGGCCAGCCAGAGGGCACAGCCGGGGGACUUCUGGUCACUCAGCCACUGAUGGCCAAUGGGUUGCAGGCACCUAGCUCGUCCCUCCCGCUGGCAGUCACAUCUGUCCCCAAGCCGCCCUCUGUUGCGCCCAUCAACACUGUGUGUUCAAAUACAACAUCGGCCGUGAAGGUGGUGAACGCAGCCCAGUCCCUCCUCACAGCGUGCCCCAGCAUCACCUCCCAGGCCUUCCUCGAUGCCAGCAUCUACAAAAACAAGAAAUCGCAUGAACAGCUGUCAGCUCUGAAAGGGAGCUUCUGCCGGAACCAGUUCCCAGGACAGAGCGAAGUUGAGCACCUGACCAAAGUGACCGGCCUCAGCACCAGAGAGGUGCGGAAGUGGUUCAGUGACCGCAGGUACCACUGCCGGAACCUGAAAGGCUCCAGGGCCGGGCUGCCCGGAGAGCACGGCUCCCUCCUCGUCGACUCCGGGCCGGAGGUGGCCUUCUCCCCAUCGUCCAAGGCCCCAGAGGUGACCUGCGUCCCGACAGCAGCCACCCUGGCCACCCCCCCUUCUGCCAAGAGACAGUCCUGGCACCAGACCCCUGAUUUCACACCAACCAAAUACAAGGAGCGAGCCCCUGAGCAGCUCAGAGCCCUGGAGAGCAGUUUUGCACAAAACCCCCUUCCUCUUGAUGAGGAACUGGACCGCCUCAGGACCGAGACCAAAAUGACCCGCAGAGAGAUUGAUGGCUGGUUUUCAGAGAGACGGAAAAAGGUGAGCGCCGAAGAGGCCAAGAAGGCCGAGGAGGGUGCCUCCCAGGGGGAGGAGGAGGCCGCCGAGGAGCAGGGGGAGGAGGGCUCGGCCGGUGACCUGAAGGUCCCAGGUGAAAGUGGCUCCCCGGAAGUGCUCGGCAGCCACUCGCUGGCAGAACGCAAAGUCAGCCCCAUCAAAAUCAAUCUCAAGAACCUGCGGGUCACAGAGGCCAAUGGCAAGAGCGAGCUUCUGGGGCUGGGCACCUGCGAGCCCGAGGACGACGUGCCCAGCAAGCUGGCGGAGCAGCCCUCGGGCAAGGUGAGCUGCAAGAAGACAGCCCAGCAGCGGCACCUGCUGCGGCAGCUCUUCGUGCAGACGCAGUGGCCCAGCAACCAGGACUAUGACUCCAUCAUGGCCCAGACGGGCCUGCCGCGGCCCGAGGUGGUGCGCUGGUUCGGGGACAGCAGGUACGCCCUGAAGAAUGGCCAGCUCAAGUGGUACGAAGACUAUAAGCGGGGCAACUUCCCCCCCGGGCUGCUGGUCAUCGCCCCAAACAACCGGGAGCUGCUGCAAGACUAUUAUGUGACCCACAAGAUGCUGUACGAGGCGGACCUGCAGGGCCUCUGCGACAAGACCCAGAUGAGCGCCCAGCAGGUCAAGCAGUGGUUUGCUGAGAAGAUGGGCGAGGAGACCCGGGCCGUGGCCGACACGGCCAGUGAGAGCCAGGGUCCCGGCGCUGGCGACCCUGCGAUGGUCCACAGAGGGAUGGGCGACACCUAUUUGGAGGUGUCUGAAAACAGUGAGUCGUGGGAGCCCGGUGCCCCUGAGGCCAGCUCUGAACCCUUUGACACACCAAGUCCCCAAGCUGGACCUCAGCUGGAAACAGACUGAAGGGGAGCCGAUGGCCGUGAAGGACUGGCCAGUCUUGGAGGCUGCCUGCCGCAUGGAAGGGCCAGGCCCCACUCUCUGCUGCCACAGGCCAUUGCCUCGCCCAGCCACCAGCCUGCGUGGGGCUCCCUGAGGCCUCCACGCAGCCCGAGCCCGUGCCACCUGGGCUGCCACCGCCCAGCCAGCGGGGAGAAGCAUCGUCAGUUCUUCCGCCCACAAUGUAGGACCUUUCCUUUGCCUUCCAGUGGAUAAAUAGUUCAGAUUUCAUAUUCAUAGACACAGAAUCAAGUUUUUAACAUAUAAAUCUGCCUAUACACAUUUAAUAAAACAUCAGAUUGUAAACACUUUCAUCACAUAGAAACUUCGGUUAGCAAAGCAGUGGAUGGUCUUGGCCAUCAUCUCUGGAAAGGCCCCGAGUCUGUUCUCUGGAGGCCACGGGGCCGUGUGUUCCCGCACUGUCCUUGCUGGGGUGGGGCUUACCACACGCUCAGAACCACACCUGCAACCUUUGGGGGCCCCCUUUUGCUCCUCAAGGAAGGCAGCACCUUCGGAGAGAUCUCUGCUACCCUAAGCGGUGACCAGCAGCGUUUGAUAGCAGGCUCGCUGUGGCCUAGGGGUAGUCAGUGCAGAACCUGCAGUUUAAAACACGGACCGGCUGUGUGAUUAGUGUUUGAUGCUCACCACUCUCUUAAGUUGUUACAGUAACUCUGCUUUUUCAUGGCAGUUUGAAUCAUGGACCAUAAUCAUCAAUCAGAUCAACUAAAGAAACAGUUGCUGUUAAGCUGAAUGUACUGAGCUAUGCGCCACUUUUUUUUUUUUUUUUUUUUUUUCCCCUUCAAUCUAGGUGUGUUGAAAAUGAGAGGAAAAUGGACAAAACAGGGGUAGGGGCUGAGAGUGAAAGCGCCCAGCCAGAGCCGUGGCUCUGGCCACUGGGGCUUUCGCAGUCCCCAGCCACACUCACCUCAAAGCCACCUCUGGUUUGGGAAGGAAGACCCUUGCUGGCCUGGUUAGAGCGAGAGCUGGCAGGAUUCGGGGACCUCUCGGAACUCAGAGCUGGGAUGGUCUGCAGCACGAAGGCCUGCGUGCGGGGCUCCCAGCAGGACACGCGGGGGGUGUGCUGGAUGGACACCGCUGGACUGGUCCUGUGAGGUUGUUUUCAAGUUGUGUAUUUAUCUCCCCAAGCUCGGAAACAAGAUCUCUGUCUCCUCUGGCCUAACUCUCAUAUCCGUUUUUUUAACUGAGAAAAAUCACAGGAAAAGGUGCCUUUGAAACACUGGGAAACUGGCUUACGAGCUGUGCUAGAUGGUAAAUCCCUGUCACCCCAAGACCGGCUGCUCUGAGAGCAGCUGCUCAAGAGUGGGGCUGACAAAGGAUGCAUCGCCUCCCAGAAACCACCUGCUUCCCAAGUGCCAGGGCCUCCGGGGCGUGUUCCUCCCAGGCCCAGGCUGGUGGGCUGCACAAGAGACCCCAGAGGAGGCAAGAAAUCCCCAGGCGAGUGAGGCACGGUCCCUCUCCCCGCUCCCAGGAACUGCACUGGGCAGGGCGCCUGGCGGGCUUGGCUCUGAGCGCAGAGAUGGUGGUCGCACCUCCUGCCUCCGGGAGAGGCUUUCUUGGGAAGCCAGAAGCCCUUGAAUGGUUCCACAUUGUUCUUCCAAAGUGUCUUCUGCUCACCCUGUUGUCCCAGCAAGGACCACCUCCUCUUUGUUUCAAACAGGUGACUUGUGAGUGCUUGGCAGUUUUGCAGCCUGCUUUUGUAUCCUUUCCAUUUUCAGUGGGAGGCUAUUGAGCCCCAAGGCCUCUUCGGAGUUGCCAGGAGUGGCGGCAAGUGAUUGCCUUCCCUGAGAGAACAGACACCUGGAAUUUUUCCUGUAGUGAUUGUGUACAUGCAGACUGAUCUACAUAUACGUCUACAGUGCAGACACUCGCUUGAUACUUUCCUUGUGAAAUGUGCCCCUGAGGUGCACACUCGAGGCCCUCAGUGGCACGUGGGUGUUGGGGAAAGUAGUCUGUGUUGAAGGGAAGCCUGGUCUGCCCGGCCCCGCAGGAAACCAUCUCCGCCCCUGCCGGGUCACUCCCAGAGCCCUGCGUGCCCUCGCCGAGGGGCUGUGUCUUUAGAGAGGAUGUUCCUGGUUAUUUUAUUUGUAUUCACAUUAUUUACAACUCGAACAGCAAAGCAGAAAAAAUAAAUUGCAUGGUGGACAAGUUCAUGCAGGACAUAGCGACUCAACCUUGGCCCCAGCUCAUCCUAAGAAGGCGGAAAAGUCACAGUGCUGCCCAUGGGCAGGCUUUCCUCACAGAUGCCCUGCCUGAGAGCCAGGCCAUCCCCCAGUGGCACGACUGUCCAGGUAAGGAGCCCGCAGGCUGGACGGACCCUCCUCCUUCCCGUGCUCUCGGACCCAAGCGAAUAAGUGGGCUUUGGGCCUCAUGCUUGAAGGAAUCAGGUGAUCACAGGAGAUGGAGACAAAUGGUUGGGUCAUCAAGCAGGUGUCUAAAGGGACGUUGCAACACAGCCAAGUGGACACAGGGACGUACCCGCAGCGGCCAGAAUCGGGGGCACCGGAGCGAGGUGGGGAUGUGGGACGGCCACAGCCGGCCCUGUAGCCGGGCAGGUCGCCACGGGUCUGCAGCCCCCCCGAGGGUUAAGCGGUGAUGUCGCCUUGGGCAGAGGGCAGGCUGUGGGCUGCGGAGUCGAGGAAGGGAGGGUGGUGGUCUCUCCCGAAGAAAAAGGCUUGUUUUAUAAGGUGACUAAUCUUCCCCCUUCUCUGUGUGCACUUGGACUCAUCAGAGAUGGUGAAAUAUGUCAGUGUUUCUUGUUGCCUGUGUCUUGUACAUGUUUGGCUUAUUAUUAUAUUUUUUACAUGGGUCGUAGAUCCAGUUUUAGUCGGUGAGCCAGAUCACCCUUCUGAUAAAGGAAACCUGGGUUUAUGACAAUAUACUUUGCAUACUUCGAUGACUUAUUUUCAUUCUUGACUGUUAAGGAGCUUUUUGACUUGGGAGAUGGGCUCUUGUUUUCUAAAGUCUCGGGUUACUGAAGCGGAAAGCCUGGCUAGAGGACUCGUGGGCACCUUGGGGUGGGUGACCCUGUGCGACUUGAACUCCUUUCACAGCCAGGAGCCCAGCAGUUGUCUGGGUGGACCAAAGCCCCUUGAACCGAGGCCCUGCCUUGCUGUCUGGAAGCAAAAGUGGGAGGUGGGCAAGAGUGGGGAGGGCCCUUGCCAGCUCCCCCAUGUACUCAUGGCCCUGGGAGGCUGUCCCACCAGGAAGGUCCAGCGUGUUCUCCAGGCUGAAAUGUGGCUGCUGCGGGCUUUAUCCUGCUCAGCCGCCCUAUGCCAGGCUGCCCGCCUCGGGGCUGGCAUCAGCCUCUCGGUGCACAUCCUCCCCCACAGCUCCCUGCUCGUGCCACCCUGUCUUGGGCCCUUUGCCUCUUGUCUUCCUGUCCUCCUCUUGGACCAAAUUCCCUGGGUUAGAGCGGCUUUGUCCGUUCAAACAUCACAGCCCAAGUGGAUAAAGGCAUUUCGCAGGAGAGAGGAACCAGCCAAGAAGAAAAUCUUAAACAAACCAAACCUGGAGCUUGCGCUUUUCCUAAAGUUUUUUCUCUCCUUUUUCCUUGCUCGGACUCUCAUCUGGGGCAGGUUAUCAGUUUGACUCACCUUUUGUAUUACUCUUGAAGUCUCCUGUAUUCCAUUGAUGGGCAAGGCCAGAUGUGUGUGGGAGGAGAAAGCCUUUAGUCUUCUAGACACGCGGAAGUGCCCUCGGCCAGCCCUCCCAGGCUGAAGCCAGCAGCUUGCCAGGGUCAGGAGAGCAGCGGGGCUCCGUCCUCCCCCUCCCCCUGGAGCCCCACCUCCACCCCAGGCCUUCCCCAGGAGCACAGGCCCGGCCAGCCUUCCUGCCCCGGCUUUGGGGGGCCGUCUCCACAUGGCUGGGGGAGCACCUCCCCUCACAGAAGCUCCAACAGCUGAAAAGUGUGGAAUGUGGAUGGUGCCCUCCCUGAGUGAGGCUUGAGUCUGGGGUGCCCACCUUCCUGUUUUCCGUGGCCCGUGGAUGAGUAGCAGAGCUAUGUGACCUCUGGACAUUGGGCUGGAUGCUGGUUUGGGCCGAGUGAGUGGAUGGUGGCAGCAGUGGUUUUGGUGUCGCUGGGCUUGCUGCCCAGCCUGGCUCCAGGUCUAGGUGGACCCCUCGGGCAUUGGUAUGUCCCCAGUGUCACACUGGGGAUGGCGGCAGGUGGGUGGCCGGGCCUCGCUCGGGGGGAAGAGCACAGCCUGCUCUUUGGUCCUUUAGUCCUGAGCUCCAUUCUGUGUCCUGCCUGUAAACCUGGCCCUCCUUCGAGGGGAUGCCCGGUCCUACAAGAGAUUGGUACCUGACAGCCUGGAUCCAGCAGGACCAACCAUCCUACUGCCCCGCAUUGUGGAGCGGGGCAGAGACCCGGAGCCAGGGUGCACGAGGCAGGUGCUGCUUCCCCUGCAGACAAGGGUGGCCAAGCCCCUGCUGCCUCCAUCCUCAAGUCUGUAUGUGGUUUGCUGGGUGGUGAGGCGUCACGGCGAAUGUGUAGUUACCGCUUUGCCCUUACAGGCCCCAGGCCUUCACAGCCCUCAGACCGGGGUCACCUUCCCUUGGGCUCGCGUCUGUCCUGCUGUCCACUCGGGGCAAGUGGGGAGCCAGGGACCUGAGAGGAGUCUGAGCAUCUAGCUGCCAUCACCAGGGCUUCUUCCUUCCAGAGCCUGGCUCUGCUGCACAUGUGCAGGGGCCCUCCAGUGCGUUGAUGGAAGGCGCUCCUUGGCUCCGGCUCUGACGUCUGUUCCUUUCCUUGGUAAGCGAGGAUUCGAAGGCACCGGAUGGGACUGGAGCGGGAACGUCUAGGGCAAGGGCUGCUCAGUGGCAGCGUGUAGAGAGCUCCAGGGACUUGGUUGUUCCGAGUCACCCCACAGUGAGGGCAGGCAUCCCCCACAUGGUGUCUCCUAGUCCUGUAAUUUGUGUUCACUUGUCCCCGGAUCCUGCCUGUCAGCUGUCAUGUCCCGUGGUUUGCUGCGCCUGUGGCCAGGAGAGCUAGUGCCACCCUCAGUGGAUGCAGCCUGGUUGGCAAGCUGCUGGGUGAUGCCAGGUGACCUGGGGUGCAGGGAGAAGAGGUCGCCCCCAGGAGGUGGGUUCCCUCCCUGCUGCACCACUUUGUUGAGUGUGUCACGAGGGCUGGCUGCGCCGUGUGGCUGUUGAGAGAGCGCUACCCCCCGCCCCCAGUCUUCGUUGAAAGUGUCCUGAGCAGCCUUGGUGCUGUCGGGAGGUUUUGUCUGAUGUGCUGGUUCCUGGUUUUCUGCCACCCAUUCACGGUCUGGUCCUCAGCACAGACCCUUUGUUCCCCAGGGAGGGCGGCUGUGGCAGGGAGGCUGGGGAGGGUGAGAGCAGCUUGCUCGCGGGCGCCUCCAUCCCCUGGAGACGCCAAAGCCAUGGAUCUUCUUGGUGCUAAGAGGCCACUGCCCUGUUUCUGUCUGUCCAGAGGGCUCUUCCUCCUUCCAUGGCCGGUAACUGAGUGUGAGACCAAACAGAGGCACAGGCACCCUUUGACUGUCACCAGGCCUGGGUGGACGGGGACUUUUCACCUUGGGGAGAUGUCGGUAAUGAGAGGAGGGAGUUUGCCUCCGGCCCGAGGCUGUGCCGGGCGGGAGGAGUGGGCUGCCCUCUCCAGCUGGGUCUCCGUCUCCAGGCCUCACAAGGUCCCCUGUGGGGAUGCUGCUAUUUCUAUGAUGCAAAUUGCACAUUUCCUAGAUUUUGUAUCUAUGGAUUUGGAUAAGGGAGGGGAACAGGGACAAACUGCUUGUACAAUUUGAAAUGGGCCGAAAUGGUACUUUAAAUCUUUUGAUUGCUCCUAAAUAAAAACGUAAAUACAUUU